AUGUUUGGUGUUGCAAUAGUACCCUCUGUUCUACUGGCACUAGGAAUGGCUGCUUCACCCGAAAGUCCAAGAUGGCUUUUCCAGCAAGGAAAAAUUUCUGAAGCUGAAAAGGCUAUAAAAACAUUAUAUGGAAAAGAAAGAGUUAGUGAGGUUAUGCAUGACUUAACAUCUGCAACUCAGGGUUCUGUAGAGCCUGAAGCUGGCUGGUUUGAUCUGUUCAGUAGCCGCUAUUGGACAGUUGUUAGUGUUGGUGCGGCACUUUUCUUGUUCCAACAAUUGGCCGGGAUAAACGCUGUGGUCUAUUAUUCUACUUCUGUCUUCCGCAGUGCUGGCAUUACAUCUGAUGUUGCAGCAAGUGCUCUUGUUGGAGCAGCAAAUGUCUUCGGAACUGCUGUCGCAUCCUCAUUGAUGGACAGACAAGGAAGGAAAAGUCUUCUACUCAUAAGCUUCGGUGGAAUGGCUGCUUCAAUGUUGCUGCUUUCUUUGUCCUUUACAUGGAAAGUCCUGGCUCCGUAUUCUGGCCCCCUUGCUGUUGCUGGGACUGUUCUCUAUGUAUUGUCCUUUUCACUUGGCGCUGGCCCUGUGCCUGCUCUCCUUCUGCCAGAGAUAUUUGCUUCAAGAAUCAGAGCAAAAGCAGUUUCUUUGUCAUUGGGCAUGCACUGGAUUUCAAACUUCGUCAUAGGCCUCUAUUUCUUGAGCUUUGUAACCAAGUUCGGGAUCAGCUCAGUGUAUCUCGGAUUUGCUGGUGUCUGUCUUCUUGCUGUAUUGUACAUAGCUGGUAAUGUUGUUGAAACGAAAGGGCGGUCAUUGGAGGAAAUAGAGCGUGCUCUUAGCGUUUCAACUUGA